CGGCGCCAUGGCAGCCGCCAAGCCUGGCGAGCUCAUGGGCAUCUGCUCCAACUACCAGGCGGUGAUGCCGCACUUCGUGUGCCUGGCCGAUGAGUUCCCGCAGCCCGUGCGGCCCGCCAAGCUGCCCAAGGGCAAGGGCCGGCUGCGGCGGCCGCGCCAGUCCCGCUUCAAGACGCAGCCGGUGACCUUCGACGAGAUCCAGGAGGUGGAAGAGGAGGGGGUGUCCCCGAUGGAGGAGGAGAAGGCCAAGAAGUCGUUCCUGCAGAGCUUGGAGUGCCUGCGCCGCAGCACGCAGAGCCUGUCGCUGCAGAGGGAGCCACUCGGCAGCUGCAAACUGAGGAACAGCCUGGACUCCAGCGACUCCGACUCGGCCCUGUGAGGCAGCAGCUGAUUUGGGGACUCGCUCCGCCACCACGCGCCAGAGAGCAGCGGGCACACCCGGAGGGUACCCGCACCCCGAGGCGGCCCCGACCACGGGGGAUCUGCACUCCUCGCUCGUUCUGACUCUCGCCCGGCCGAGGACACGCCGGAGCCCCGGAGCCCGUUCGGGGACGCCAGGGAGGGGAGUCGCUUUCUUUGCCCUUGUAAAUGUUUAUUUUUUAACUCUUUCCCAGUAAGAACUCUGCUGUGAGUGUGCGCAGGAGGCGGCCCGCGCUGAGUCGGCUCGCCGCGACCCUGGGGUCGCCGCUGCAAAGCCUUUGGUUUGCAACUCCGAUUUUGCACACCGCUCCACUGUGCCCCACCCCCAGCGCACAUCCGUUCACACUCACGCGACACUCUCGCUGAACACUUUUAUAAUUGUUGGGCUGGCAGAGGAGACUUGGGGCGCAGCGCGCCUGCUGCUGCAGCCGAAGGAUUGAUAUUUAUUUUUGCAUUGCAAUAGCUGAAGGCGUUUUAUUUAACGGUCUUUUUACCUGGAUGUUGUCUGUGAGGCGUCCGAAUGGACACAAAUAAAGUCAAUAUAUUUACACAGUG